AAGCGUGUUCCGCGGGGCAACAGAAGCUUCUCGGAUAAUACCUACGCCGUCUCGUUUCGACUGCAAGCCCAGCAGGAAGUGCCAAUUACCCAUCGCUAGGGUUUUGUGUCUGCUCCCCUUGAUCGAGGUAGGAUUUUUCCUUGGACCGAUGGCAGCCCUGCAACCGUUUUCAUGCGGAGUGGUCGGAGCGCGGAGUUUUCCUUUGUUCGAAGGUCUCCGUCUUGCCCCAACCGCCGCUCGCACCUCUUCCUGUGCUGGAGCACGAGGGAUGGCGCUAAAAAGGAGUUUUUCUGGACUUGUCGUCAAGGCUGCUACAGUUAUCGCUCCCAAGUACACAUCUAUCCAGCCUGUGGGUGAUAGAGUCUUAGUUAAGAUCAAGUCUUCUGAGGAGCAAACCAGUGGAGGAAUACUUCUGCCUACUACUGCUCAGACAAAACCUCAAAGUGGUGAGGUUGUUGCUGUUGGAGAAGGUAGAACAAUUGGGAAAAUUGAAAUAAAAAUUGGAAUUGAGGCUGGUAAACAAGUCGUCUACUCAAAGUAUGCUGGAACAGAACUUGAAUUCCAUGGAUCGAAUCAUCUAUUGUUGAAAGAAGAUGACCUCAUUGGUAUUCUUGAAACGGACGAUAUCAAGGACCUCAAGCCACUCAAUGAUCGAGUUCUAAUCAAGGUGGCAGAAGCGGAAGAGAAAACUGCUGGUGGUUUACUGCUAACUCAGGCCACAAAGGAGAAGCCUUCGGUGGGGACGGUGAUUGCCGUGGGCCCUGGCAAUUUAGAUCCAGAAGGCAAUAGAACACCAUUGAAACUCGAAGCUGGGAGCAACGUCAUGUUUUCCAAGUAUGCUGGAAGUGAGUUCAAAAGCAGCGACGGUGCAGAAUUCAUUGUUCUGAGAGCAUCAGACGUGAUGGCAUCCCUCUCUUCGUAGGCUAGUCUUGCGCCAACAUUAAUUUUAUUGAAUCUAAUAUCCUAUUCUGAGAUUAUUCUCCAACCAUGGCUUUAAGAUUUAUAUUAUUUAGUUAAAACUAAUUUGUAUACAACCCAUCAUUUCUUUAAAAUUGCUGGGAACAUUUUGAAGCAAUCUGAAGUUCUAUUAGCAUUUUGCAAA